GUUGCAUUUGUCCCACAACAGCGCCAUCCCUCCGUGCUCUGUUUUUGUGGAAGACCCCCCUCACAGGAAAGAGUUUGGCCAGGAAAGGGUUAAGGAGUUUAUAGGGUCCAGAUCGAUGCCCCUCUCCCACACGUCGCCAUGAACAAAUGAAUUCGCGGGGAAUUAAAUAUCAUUUUCACAAAGGAGAACGAGUCCUGUGCUUUGAACCCGACCCCACCAAGGCUAAAGUGUUGUAUGACGCUAAGGUCCUUGAUGUCUUGAUAGGUACAGAUGAACAUGGAAGAAGAAUCCCAAAGUACCUGAUUCACUUCAACGGUUGGAACAGGAGCUGGGAUCGUUGGGCUGCAGAGGAUCAUGUCCUAAGGGACACUGAGGAAAACCGUAAAUUGCAACAUAAACUGGCUCGCAAAGCUCUAGGUCGCAUGAAGAGAAAGGGAUGGGCGAAGAGGCGUCGUCGUCAGUCUGGUACUAAAUCUUCUCUGAAGACUCUCCCUAAGGAGGACGACAGUGAUGACGCAUGUCUGAUUUCGUCUUCGGAGAGCAGUGACGGCGACGAUUCUGACCCUGACUCUUCAAAUAGCGGGGACAGCACCUUCUCUGAGGAUAUUAACAAAAUGAGGGUUGAGCCGGACCUUAAUGUUAAGAGGGAGUGCGAGGAGAAGGUCGUCCAUGUUGACAUCAACAUCCCGGAUAUUCUGAAGAAGAAACUGGAGGAUGACUGCUUUUACAUCAACAAGAGGAAGAAGCUGGUGAUGGUUCCCUGUCAGACGAAUGUCGUGCACAUCCUAGAGUCCUACGUCAAGCACUUUGCCAUCAAUAAAGCGUUCAUGGCCAACGAGAGGUACCGGCGUCAGCAGACCACCACACAGAGCAGCAGCCCCCAGCCGAUCCCUCCAGAGAAGAGCGAGGAGUUGUGUAAGGAGAUGGUCGACGGCCUGAGGAUCACGUUUGACUUCACCUUACCCAUGAUCCUCCUCUACCCCUGUGAGCAAGCUCAAUUCAAAAAGGUCAGCUCCUCCAGGGUUUUCCUGGCCGUCAAUGAAAGCUCCCCCUGCUCCAGCAACGCCCAGCGAGAACGCAGCCCGAGCCCGUUGGGGCACAACCCUCCCACCCCCCAGUCCACAGACAGCCAACCUGCCCUGAGCGACAUUUCUGCAACCACUCCCACCGCCCCAGCCCCCACCCCGAAGCGCCGGCGUCACCCUGACAUGGACUGCAUCUCAUACCAGUCGCAGUCGCUCAGACGCUCCACCAGGAACACAUCUGGAGGUGACCGGCCCGCUGAAGGAAGCAGUGGAGGAGGAGGCAGUGCCACAGCAUCCCCGCAGCUCAAACGCCGUUUAGUUGAUACCUCAUCCCAGCCCAAGUUCUUCCUCAACCUCGACAGAAAAACCCCAGUGCACAGUGGCUCAUCUUCCCCGCUGCCCUUGACGCCAAGCAAAGAGCGAAGUGGGCCUUUCUAUGGCCUCGAGAGCCGGAGAAACAAUGAGCUUAAUGAGGUCCUCAGUUGGAAGCUGACUCCUGAUAACUACCCUCUGAACGACCAGCUUCCUCCCCCCUCCUACCUGUACGGCGCUCAGCACCUUUUGCGGCUUUUUGUGAAGCUUCCUGAGAUCUUGGGAAAGAUGCAGAUCCCUGAGAGGAAUCUUCGAGCCCUGGUCAAGCAUUUAGAACUCUUUCUCAGGUUUAUGGCAGAGUUCAACGAGGAUUUUUUCCCUGAGUCGGCAUAUGUGUCAGCAUCCGAGGCCCACUACAGCAUGAAACAACCGAGGCCAGUUUAUUGAAGGAGACGUCGGGCCAUUGUGCUUCCUUCCCUUGCUUGUCUCUACACUGAACUUCCCCUUCAGCUUGUUGAGACCGACCUGUCCGGGCUCGUGCGCAGAGGACUAAGUAGCAGCUUUCUCUGGACUUCAGCUGCGUUGUUGUCCUGGACAAACCUUUUUCUCUGCCUCUGGCCUAAUGUUAGUUUUCCCGCCGUUGCCGUGUGGAACCAGUUGCUUCGAACGCGCCACUAACCCUCACCCAAUGCUCUGUUUGUGGGACUGCCCUGCAUGUCAAGCAACCUUGCGCUGCUUUGCUUCAGUGUACUCGUCCAAGGCAUGUGUGUUGGCAUGCGCUACCAUUCCGUAAAGCCCCACAUAAGGUUUAAUUCAUAGGAGAGAGCUGCUCAUCUGCUAUUUUUCUUUUUUUUUUUUUUUAUUACCUGGCCUACACUUUUUAAAGCCAGGCUCAGGCUGGGAAGUUCUCCAGCCUCUGUAGGUAUUAGAGGCCGGAUAAAACAAGUUUUGAAUCACUCAGCUGUGGGCAGAGCUCCUUUUUCGCCCACUCUGACCUUGUGGUUCCUCAUAGCCACAGUUUUGGAAUAUUGUGUUAAUAGGAAGGGACACAGAUUGAAAAGCCCUGUGUUCUUGUUCUGGCUGCCCAAUAAACUCACUUUGAAUACUCUUCAGGGCAUUGUAUGUUUGCUUGCCUGCUUGGUAGUGUGGGCCCCUCUCAGUGUUGUGACUUCCUGUAAGCGCUUCCAUUGCAGCGCCACCAGUGAUCCUCUUUCGGAAAUAAUUCCUCUGCAGCUACAGCAGGACUUGCUCUUCUUAUCCUGGAGAUGCUUCGCUGCUUUCGCUGAGCAAUUCUAAUUUACCGAUGCGCUAAAACUUUCAGGAAUGUCGUUUUGUUUCCUCUGGAAUGUUCUUUUGCAUUACACUUUUUGGAUGUGUAAUGUCCACUUACUGUCCAUGAGACAUUGUGUUUCUUGCUUUGUUUUGCUUUUCAUGUUGUCCUGUUCAUGUCCGAUAAAUGCCGAGCAGCUUUUUAUUUAAAUGUUUUCUACCCGUUCCUCUCACCGUCAGUAACAGACAGCAUAAGACACAAUGGCAAAGCGUGUGGCUCCUUCAUUUUCAUACACAGCAAAGUUGUAAUAUCUUGUACUGAAAGUAAUCUUUACCAACAGGUAAUCUUAACAUACCGUUAAAAACCGGAGGCUGAAAACAGUAUUUUCAAAUAUUAAAGAUUGUUUUAGACCUAUUCAGUGCAAUCACUUGAAUGUUUCAAAACUCAAUUAGUUUACAUGUAUGUGAUUUACAACUUAACAACGGAUGCUGUUUGCCAAACAUUUUAUAAGAAAUAGUCAGAAACUAAUAUCUGUAAAUGCAACAAAAGCUAAUUUUUAGUUUGUCAUGACAUUGUGAAAAUGUAAAUACAAAACACCUGUUGAUCAGUAUGUUAUUUAUUUUUCUUUGCACACCACUGGAUCACUGUUCAUAUGUUGUUUGUUGAAUUGGUUAUAAAAUACUUGACAAGACCCAUUCCAGACAUCUGUCUAUGCAGUAUCAUAUAAACCACUGUAUGUAUAAUACAAUGUAUGUUUCUUGUGUUAUGUACAGAGGUAUGUUUUGCAUAGCCUGUAAACUUUUCUGUUUAUUUCCAACAAUGUCUGUUUACUUUUCUUCAUAGAGUUUCAAAUAAAGACUUCCUAAAGCUUAACAACUUC